AGGGGCGCAGCGGGCGCGGUUCCGGCGGCGGAGGGCGGAGAUGGAGGAGGCGGAGGAGGGCUGGAGAAAGGCCGUGAAAGGAGCAAAGGCUGGGUCCACCUCGCUGAGCUGCUCGGGCAGCUGCUGCUCCUCGCUGGCGAUGGCUGUGAAAGACCCCACAGCUGUUGAGCGAACAAAUUUAUUGAAUAUGGCCAAACUGAGUAUCAAGGGACUCAUUGAAUCUGCCCUGAGCUUUGGUCGAACCCUUGAUUCUGACUAUCCACCUCUGCAACAGUUCUUCGUUGUUAUGGAGCACUGCCUGAAACAUGGCCUUAAAGUAAAAAAGUCUUUUCUCAGUUACAAUAAAACAAUAUGGGGUCCUCUGGAGCUUGUGGAGAAGUUGUACCCAGAAGCUGAGGAAAUCGCUGCUAGUGUUAGAGAUUUGCCUGGUCUCAAGACUCCACUAGGACGUGCCCGAGCUUGGUUACGAUUGGCACUUAUGCAAAAAAAGAUGGCUGAUUAUCUACGAUGUCUCAUCUUUCAGAAGGAAUUGCUUGGCGAAUUUUAUGAAUAUCAUGCACUGAUGAUGGAAGAAGAAGGAGCCGUUAUCGUUGGCUUGCUCGUUGGGUUAAAUGUAAUUGAUGCAAAUCUUUGUGUAAAAGGAGAAGACUUGGAUUCACAAGUUGGUGUGAUUGAUUUCUCUAUGUAUUUAAAGAAUGAAGAUGAUAUUGAAAGCAAAGAAAGAAAUGACCAUAUUGCUGCUAUAUUGGAUCAAAAGAAUUAUGUUGAAGAACUAAACAGGCAGCUGAAUAGCACAGUCAGCAGUCUCCAUACACGCGUUGAUUCGCUAGAGAAGUCAAACACUAAACUAAUUGAAGAGUUAGCAAUAGCCAAAAAUAAUAUAAUUAAACUUCAAGAAGAAAAUCAUCACUUGCGAAGUGAAAAUACACUCAUCUUAAUGAAAACACAGCAUCAUCUAGAGGUGAACAAAGUGGAUGCUGAAGCAGAACUUCAGACAUACAAGCACUCCAGACAAAGCCUGGAUGACAUGUACAAUGAAGCACAUAGGCAGCUUCGAGAAGAAUCACAGUUGAGACAAGAUAUAGAGAAUGAGCUGAUGGUUCAAGUUGGUAUGAAGCAUGAGAUAGAACUUGCAAUGAAGUUGUUGGAGAAGGAUAUACAUGAAAAACAAGACACUCUUAUAAGCCUGCGGCAACAGUUGGAGGAAGUCAAAGGAAUAAAUGUAGAAAUGUACAAAAAGCUACAAGUUUCAGAUGAUGCGCUGAAAGAAAAGAACGAAAUCAUUGGCAGACUUGAAGAUAAAACCAAUCAGAUUACAGCAACUAUGAAGCAGUUGGAGCAAAGAUUACAACAAGCAGAGAAGGCUCAAAUGGAGGCAGAGAGUGAAGACAAGAAAUUUAAGCAAGACUAUAUGAGUAAAUCUGAAAGUCUGCAGAAAGAUAUUACUCAAAAGGAAAAGCAAGUUGGCCAGCUGGAAACAGAUUUGAAAAUAGAAAGAGAAUGGCGACAAACUAUGGAAGAAGAUCUUAAAAGGGAAAAAGAAACAUCAUCGUCCUUGAAGACAGAGACCCAACAAAUCAUUACUCUUAAAAAAGAGUUCCUAAAAUUACAAGAAAAGAACAAGCAGUUGAAAAAUCUAUGCCAUGAUCAAGAAGAAGCUCUCCAAGAACUGGCUGGCAAACUUAGCGAAUCAAAGCUUAAAAUAGAAGAUAUAAAAGAAGCAAAUAAAACAUUGCAGGGACAGGUCUGGCUAAAAGACAAAGAAGCAACACACUGCAAAUUAUGUGAAAAGGAGUUUUCGCUUUCCAGAAGGAAGCAUCACUGUAGAAACUGUGGCGAAAUUUUCUGUAAUGCCUGCUCUGACAACGAACUGCCUUUGCCAUCUUCGCCAAAGCCUGUAAGGGUUUGUGAUUCCUGCCAUGCACUGCUCAUACAGAGGUGUUCUUCCAGUGUGCCGUAAGAGUCAUCUACAGAUUUCUAAAAUGUUGUUACUUCACUACAGUGGUAAGAGCUGUAACAUAACAGUAUAAACUCCUGCAGCGCUGGCCAAUGCUUUUGUAUUGUCAAAAUCUAAACAGCCAAUCUUAAAUCUUUGUGCCAUUGUGAUAUUCCUGCAGUGGCAGCAUGUCAUAUUAUGUGAGGUUCUGCUAAUGCAGCAAUUGAUAUGCCUGAUUUUACAAAUGCAUCUGCUUGUGCAACACACUUUAUUGUUCAUCGUAAAGGAUAUAGGCAGAAUGUUUUGUAUUCCCAGCAUUUGCCAUUUUAUCAUGCAGAUGGACCAUUCCAGGACCAAGUGCAGAGUUUUGCAGUUUCAGAUUAUUUUUAAAAGGUUCUUAGUUUGGGAACAGGUUGGCAGGGGACACUGUAGCUUAGAAGUCAGAGGAGCUGGACAGGGCUUUUAAGGGUUGUGAGUUGAGGUUCAGCAUCUUGUGCAGCUUUGUAUGUUUCACGGCCCUCCCCACAAAAGCCAUUUAAAUGCAGAAUUGGGAAGAUUACAUAUAAGUAAAUGCAGCUACUUCAUAUAUUUAUGGUGACAUAAAUUGGCUUUCUUGGACAUUAUCCCUAGAUGUAAGAUUAAGUUUCCAGCCUUGUUAGUGCAGCAGUUUCAAUAUGCAUGUGGUAGCUUAGCUAAAAGAAUGAGAAGGCAAGCAGGUUUUUUGCAUCACUGGACUUCCUGAAAGAACUUUGUCAGGCAGGUCUUUAAGUACUUUGUCUGAAACUACCUGACUUGCAUAUUCUGCACAGGGCUUUUGAAGAGGAACUAGCAGAAGGCAGGCCAGGUGAGGAACGGAAAGAAUAUCCUGAGGGGGAUCAUGGAAUGUGUGUAGUGCUUUCAUCAUAACCUCUGUUUUGAGGUUCAUGUGUGAUAAAAACUUGUUAGGGAUUUCAGAAAGAAGUUCUUUAAUUAUCCCCAUGGAAUGCUGUAGAACAGCAGUUAUAAAAUGUAUUAAAUAAAUACUGUGUGGAAGAGUAGUUAAAGGAUACUAGCCAACUUGACACUUGCUUUUUUCUUUACUCUGUCAGAAAUAAGAUCUUUUUUAACUAAAUGGCCUGAAAAAUAAUACAAAUCAGCAAAGUUAAGAGUUCUCUAUAUAUUUCCACCAGACUGCCUUAAGUUGGGGCAUGAGGAAAUGAUAUAUACAGAAAAAUUGGGGUAAUUAAGAGAUUUGUAUUGCUGAAGUUCAGUUGAUAACACUACACUGUAUACAUUAGAUGAUUUUCUAAAAGGUAUAAAACUUAAAGCAGAAUUAAGAAUACCUACACAAUAAAAAAUGCUUUAAGUACUCCUUUUAAAAACAAGUCUAGCUGAACAUGUUACUGUAAUUUGUGACUGUACUUGGUAAGUUCACAUGCACACAGAAACUUAAAGGAGGCUUUUCAUACAAGGUAGAAUUUGUACCUUGAAGGGCAUAUUAUAUACUUAUGCCUAAUUACUAAUUCUGUUUACAAGCAAACCACCUAUUUUCAUUAACCUUUGAGACAGGAAAUGACUUGUUAGACUAACAAGCAUAGCAAACCUGUGUGCUAAACGUAAUAAAACGCAUCAAUACAAGCCCUGGAUGGGAUUCUUUGUGCCAUUUGAUUUGAUAUGUACAUCUGGUACAGCUGGAAUAGAGGGAAAACAUUAAAUUCACCCUUUGUUUGAGAUUUUUUUAUCUUCAAGAUAGACCCCUGCACAAAACUAAGCCUAAAGAGGAAAUGGUGGUGGCAGUGACAGCAAGCAGCCUUGUUGAGCUGCAAAGGGGGCAUUUUUGUGUCUUCAGCACUUGAGUACCACAAAUUUAAGAUCAUCAGGAGGCCUUCACUUGCUUUAACCUGGGAAGAGGUAUCCUGACAGGAAAAUACUUGUUCAUCUUCUUUCUUUGGAACGGCUUCUGUAUCUUCAGCAGUAUAUAGGGAAAUUCAGCAGCUGAAACAGUAUCCUCUGCUGUCAAUUUCACCAUGAAGGUGUACUGUGUACGCUGAAUUUUUGUAUGCCAUAUAAGAGUUAUUAAUGUACAGGAUUCCUAUGCAGCCUGUUUAGUCCUAUACUAGUGGUAUUCCUCAAAGUUGACCCUAAACCUACUCUCAAUUCCCAUCAGGUACAGAAAGCACAAUAAAAGAACCACAACACUACAAAGUUAUGAUUACUAGCCACUUACUCAAACUGCAGUUAGCUUGGAAUGUAUUUAACAUGUUUAGUUCAAAAGGGCAACUUUUCCAUCAGCCUUCUAGCUAACCUGUUUCAGAGAUGGAAGCCUAUGGCCAUUUGAUAAGAUUCUGAGAAAUAUGUUGUGCCUAAUCCCAAAGUUUUAUUAAUUUCCAAACUAUUUGAUAGUAUUUCAAGACUGGAACGUAUCCACAAAAAAGGUAGGCAAGAAAUGCCCUGUGUUUUUGAUACUAGAAAGCUGUUCUAUUUGACAGAAAUUCCUUUUCUUCCAGUGUUUGUCCAUAUUUACCUAAUGGUAAAUUAAAAAUACACUAACAGUGCCGAACUGACACAUUUUAGUGCUUAGAAUGAGUACCAUAAAUUUAAGAUAAUCAAAUAGCCUUUUCUUGCUUUAACCUUAGAACUAUUUCUUCCACACAAAAAACCCCAUAGAUUUUAGUGGCAUUGAGAAUCCAUUUUCAAACUCACAGCACCCACCGUAAGUUACUUUUCCAUUCCAAUUAGCACUAGUAUGGCAGAUGUGAUGUACUGACUACUUGCUGGGAUCUUAAUGGACAGGUUUUUUUAACGUCUGAAUAACCUGCUCAUCCUCAGUUUUUGUCAUGAUGUUUGGGUCAAAGAGACUAUGAGACUAACUCACCCUAGUAGAAACAGAGAUGAGAUUAGACUUGCCUUUUUUCAACAAAAUUUCUAUCAUUCCUGCCACUAGAGAUUUAGCUAUUUCAGAACAAGCUUUCAAUAUCAAUGGUGCAUGUGUGCCAAGAAUUUAUUGACUAGUACAGCUUUUGUAAAUUUUAACAUGACAUUUUUGUAACUUUAAAUACGAAUGUUUGUAAUCUUGUGGUUUGGACAAAUUAAAUAUUUGAGAAAUUUUCAGCAGGCCUU